AUGUCGUCCAUCAGCAACGCCUCCAUUGACAAGUUCAACGGAGACAAUUACGCAACGUUGACUCCGACUUUCACCGACCCGCGAGCGUCCGAUGACUACGUCAAGGCAAGCAACGUCGCGUUUGGUAUGAUGCUGCUGCACAUGAACGCGGACUACCAUCAUGUGCUGGACAACUGCGAGGAAGCCUGGGUUGCGUGGACAAGUCUAAAGACGCUGUACGGUGGGUCGCAGAAGGCAGGACGCAUCUACCUCAAGCGACAACUUUUCAGUAUCAAGAUGGCUGAAGGCGCGAACGUCAUGCAUCACUGCAACGAGGUCCUCAACAUCUCCGCCAAGCUUAGCGGCAUCGGUGCGAAGAUGGAAGACGAAGACGUUGCAAUUUGUCUGCUACUCAGUCUUCCGAAGAGCUACGAAAAUGUGCAUGCCAAGCGUCAAGGAGAAAAAGGGACAACGACAGCGACUACGGUGAAGGCUGAAGAUGCAAGCAAGGCAUUCAGCGCCGAGCGUGAGCCCUACCAAUGCACGUAUUGUGGCAAGGUGGGACACACGGUGGAUCGUUGCUGGACAAAGCAGAAGAACGAAGGUCGGGGAGCCCGACGCGGCGGCAAUGGUCGUGGACGCGGGGCUAACAAUGUCCAGUGGGGACAUCAUGAUGAAGGCAAUGGCUACGAUCGAGUGGCGUUUGCAGUCUCGUUCGAAUGUGGAGUUUCGACGAGCAAGGACGUGUCUGGAAUGUGGGCCGUCGACAGUGGUGCAACGCACCACAUUUGCCACGACAAGACCAAGUUCGCAAGUUUGGCAGAGCGCAAUGAGGGCGAACUCUUGGUGGCAAACGGCAACAAGGCCGCAAUCAAGGGUAUGGGAACCAUCAUCGACGAGUGGUUCUGCCCAACGGCGAAGAGCGCGACAUCGAAAUCAAGAACGCACUAUAUGUUCCAAGUAUGA